GAGAGACGAAUGCCAAAAUAAGCCAAAAUAAACCAAAACAAAAUGAGUAUAAACUAAAGAAUCCUUUUCCAUCUUCAGCAUCUCAUUCACUUAGGACUGCCACAUUAACUAUGAUUAUUCUUGAUUUAUUUUUGACCACAUUUCUGAAAGUUUGACUGAUCAAUAACGAAUAUUUUCGUACGAAUUGAAACCGAAACGUACCUUUAUGAGAGAUCGAUACACUAGCAAUCUGAGUCGCCAUCAUCGACGGAUUUUUCUUUACAUUUGGCACGAUAUUGCUGUAUUUUGGGAUUUAUAAAGAGUAGGCAAUGGAGCUCCGAGUUGGAAAUAAAUACCGUUUGGGAAGGAAGAUCGGUAGUGGGUCGUUUGGGGAUAUAUAUCUUGGGACGAACAUAUCGACAGGCGAAGAGGUCGCAAUUAAACUCGAAUGUGUCAAGACCAAGCAUCCACAGCUUCAUAUCGAAGCAAAAUUUUACAAAAUGAUGCAAGGAGGAGUUGGUAUUCCUACUAUCAAAUGGUGUGGAACAGAAGGAGACUAUAAUGUUCUGGUGAUGGACUUACUUGGACCCAGUUUAGAAGAUCUUUUUAACUUCUGUAACAGAAAAUUUAGUAUAAAAACUGUCUUACUGCUGGCAGAUCAAACGAUAAGUCGUAUAGAAUACGUUCACAGUAAGAACUUUAUCCAUAGAGACAUUAAACCUGAUAACUUUCUGAUGGGACUUGGUAAGAAAGGUAAUCUAGUCUAUAUCAUUGACUUUGGCUUGGCCAAGAAGUAUCGUGACCCUCGAACACAUCAGCACAUACCGUACAGAGAAAACAAGAAUCUUACAGGAACUGCCAGAUAUGCUAGUAUUAAUACACACUUAGGAAUAGAACAAAGCAGGCGUGAUGACUUGGAGUCACUUGGAUAUGUUUUGAUGUACUUCAACCUUGGUAGCCUUCCAUGGCAAGGGCUCAAAGCUGCCACAAAAAGACAGAAAUAUGAAAGAAUAAGUGAGAGAAAGAUGUCCACUCCUAUUGAAGUUCUUUGCAAAGGAUUCCCAUCUGAGUUUGCAACAUACCUCAACACAUGUCGUUCACUGAGAUUUGAUGAUAAGCCAGAUUAUUCGCACCUGCGGCAACUCUUUCGCAACUUAUUCCACAGACAAGGAUACACCUAUGAUUAUGUCUUUGACUGGAACCUUCUAAGAUUUGGAUCAAGUAGUAAACCUGAAGAACCAGCCCAAGAAAAAAGAGGCGAAAGAGAACGAGUCCUUGACAGAGAAGCCGAGAGAAACCAUCUUAUGAGAAGCCAAACCACACGUGCGCAGGCUGGGACUGCGUCAGGGAAGUUGAGAGACCCCAUGGGAGCUGCGGCACCUUCUCCUAUUGGACCACAAGGGAGACCAAUAUCGAGGGCUGAACGGGAGAGAAGAAUCAGCAUGAGACUUCAUAGAGGAGCACCUGCCGACGUAAAUCCCAUGGAACUACCUCAUGGUGAGAUGUCCAGAAUGUCAGGAGCGCAUGUAAGAUCAACACCUGUCAUGGCUCCACCUCCUUCUGGCACUGGAUUACGGCGCACAGGAACAGGUCGUGACCGAGAUGGUGGUAGUAUUGAAUUGCGACAGCCCACAAGACAUGGAUUUCGAACAAAAUAAAUCCAAGGUCUGUGAGAAAUCUUUCUCUGAGUUGGCAUGUAUAUGGAUAUUACGAGUGUAAAGACAAAACAAGACUUGGGAGGUACCACAAAGACUCAUUCAAUAAAUUCAUGAAUCAAAGCUCGGAUUGUGAAGACUGCAAAGCCUCAGUUUGAUCUCUGAUUUCUAAUGAAUUAAUCAUGUAUCAGCUUUAUUUAAUCAUGUUGCAGAGUUCCUUAAUUGCAUACAACCAACAAAUUAGUUUUUCAACAAAUUUGUUUUUCAAUGACUGUAAGGUCAAGUUAACAUGACAAUAGGGUGAUUUUGGUGUUCGGGACAAGAUACACAAAAAUUGCCGUAAACCUCGUACAAGGGUCACUCUCUCUUCAUGGCAAUAGGGCUGCCUAAAAAUUCAGUUUGAAUGGACAGGCGACAUGCAGAAAAUGGAUUAAUAAUCCUGCUUUUGAUAGUACAUGUAGGCUGUCAAAAAUACCAGCUAUCAAUACCUCAUUUUUGGUUGGUUGUAUGUAGAUGAGAACUGCACUGCAAUAAAGGCAGAAGUUUUCUUUCAAAUUACUUUUGUUUUUAAAGUCAUAAGCCACAAACUUUUCUUUUUUUGUGAGGGGUUUUAACAUUACUUUUCUAUAGGAAAGGGUUCAUUUGCAAGCACUAAAGCUGAUGAUUUGUUCAAACAAUUUACAGCUACAGAAAUUGUUCUGCUCAUUCUUUGAUUCAUUGUUUCACUUGUAGUGCUAAUUAUCUGAACGAACUCAUUUCCUGUACAUUUAAAGGCAUAUUUUGUUAUUGCAACUUUGGUUUCCUUCAAUACCAAAAACCAUAAAGCAAGAUCUAUAUACAAAAAUGAACUCAAUAUUGAAAGUUUUUGGGUGAUGUUUUUGUAAGUAGAAAAUGAGCAUUAAGCAUGGUGUCCACAACAGCUAUCAACUCCAUAGUCAUUUGUAUGGAACCUGUGUACGUGAAAACAUUUCCUUUCCCUUCCCCCCUCAGGAAGACAUAAGGAAAAAGACAAAAUGCCUGUUUAGAGGCUAGAGCUAAACUUUAGUCAGUGGGGAAUUUUGUUUUACUGCAGUUUUCUCAGCACUUUGUGAGAUCAUUUGUUUUUUGUUACCAAGUGAUCUUUUUUAUGUUGAAAAAUCAAAACGUAAGAAAGCAGCUAGAACAUAGAUUUGCACGCAAUAACUGAAAAAGGAAGUAACAUGAGCAGGACGACUGUACGAACAAAACACCAGGUUGACAUUCCCUAUCUUAAAAUACAUGCUUAAUGCAAAUUUUGAUGUAUUUUCCAAACAUAAUGGGGAGAACAUAAAAUAUUUUUUACAGUGUUAUCAUAGUGAUAGCCAGACUAAUGUACAGUAGAAUGGCACUAUUAUUGACUGUCAAGUGUUUAUUAUAGAUCUGGCCUGGAGUACAGGAAAAUUGAGUUGAUUGACUUGAUUUAAAGGGUUUAGUAUGUCUGAUGUAGUCAUUGAACAAGACAGACAUGCUGUAAACUAUUAGGAUCUUUGAAAUAAAAUUAAUAUUUUUUAAUGCUGAA